GGGACACAAAACUCUAUGUAUCCUUCCUGCGCUGUGCUAUGAAGCGGACAGCAGAUGAGCUUGAGAAGGAUGUACAGAAUGUUGGAGCAGAGGCAGCGGGUUCAGAAACCAUAUUUUGUAUGGUUUCAUUCUGCGCAACAGAAGAGAGGGUCGGACAGUGCGGCGCCAGGAAGCAGUCAACAGAAAGGAAUCCACAGACUCAGUGGGAUUUUGGCGCUGCCAGGCAGAAAAAACACACUUAGUUGGACAAACAAACCAAGACAAUAUGACCGAUUCAACUGAUGGUUUUGGCCGAGAGGGUGUAUGAAGAGUGUGUGGAUACAAAACCAUGCAGAAAAAGAUCAAUUUCCAGCAAUUGUUCAGAUAGAAGCGGUCUAUCGUCGGCGGAAUCCUCACAAAUUGAAAAACAUCCAGGCGCUGGUCAAUAUUACUUGCAGGAGUAGCCAGCAGAUGCUGUGCGGGAAUUGGAGCAAUCACACAGCUGAAUGCAAGGCGCUAUUGGAGAAACAUGUCGGCAGAGAAGCUGUCCUAUACGCAAAAGUUUGCAAGGUUUGCAAUGGGCCGGGUUGCUUUGAUGAAACCUCCUCUGUGGAUACUUUGUUCCAAGCCUAUUCCUGCCAUGUAGACCUACGAUCUCGACCCUGGAAAGUUCUACACAAGUCCUCAGGCAUGGGAACAGAGCAGCCGACUUGUUUGCUCGCCGAUUGUCCUGAGUUCAUUGAACCUGCCAUUUGCUUCAGAAACUUCACACACCUUGGCAGGUAUGAAACUGAUGUGAAACCAGAGGAGCCUGGCCAUGAGGCACCCGCCGAGACAGGCUCAGGAGUUUCAGUUCCGAGCCUGUUUGGAAUCCCUUCUUUCGACAAGAAGCAGGAUACCAAUGGCAAGGGUCAAGACGAAUCCGAUGAGGAGGAGCAACGACCAGAGCCGGAACCUCCGCAAAAAGCAGAGGGCGAAUGCAAAACACAGUGAGACGAGUUUGGUUUCUGAAGGAGAUCAUGCGUGCACUGGCAAAAGAGAUGUCGUGGUUGAUUGACUCGUGAAGUUUGUCAGCAGUCCACUCCCCAAG